AGCUGGGUUACGGGAAGGAGGGACCUCCUUAUACAGGCAGAGGCUUUGAGUGGAUGGUUAGGUGUUCACACAACUCUGAUCAGAGCAGACAUACUUUCUGAACUCAUCAGAGCUUCUACCUUUGGAUAGGAUAUGACAUUUUGAACAGAGCGAGCUUGGAUUGUAAUAAACCACAAACAAACUGUGGACUAGACCUUUGCAGAAUGAGAAACAUCAUGGACUUGACCUUUGGCUUCUUUUCACGCGAAUCCAGCAAGAUGACAUCUGAAGCUGAGAUGGCGGUUGAGGAGGGCUACAUAUCCUCCCCGCCCACCAGGCCCACCCUCCCUUCCAUCCGGCGUUCCAUCCACUUGGGAGUCCAGGCAGGGUGUAUGAUGAGGGGGAGCGACGUCUUCUCGACCAGCAGGGGCACGGUGAGCGAGAGGGGCCGUAACCGCAGCUGGCUACUCUCUAGCAUCAUCACGGUCAACGUCCUGAUCCUAGGUAUUGCUCUGGUCAGUGGCAGUGUCUUCAACAACGUUAAGAUCAACGCCAUCAACCUGCAGAUCUUCCUCAUCGUCCUCAUCAUCCUCACCACUGCCUGGAUGCUGUACUACACCAUCUACACAUCCAGGGAAGAUCAUGCCGUGCUCUACAAGGAUAGCUAUGCCGGGCCUGUGUGGCUCAGGGGUGGACUGGUGCUGUUUGGCUUAUGCAGUCUGAUUAUGGACGUGUUUAAGAUUGCUAACUACGUAGGCUACCUGCACUGUGACUCUGCUGUGAAGAUAGCGUUCCCUGUCGUACAAGCUGUAUUCAUACUUGUCCAGACAUACUUCCUCUGGCUCCACGCUAAAGACUGUGUACAGCUACAACGGAACAUAACUCGCUGUGGGCUGAUGUUGACUCUGUCUACCAAUCUGAUGUUGUGGAUGGCAGCAGUCACAGAGGAGUCCAUACACCAGACUGUUGUUCUACCAGAGGACGACAACAGCACACAUUCCUAUGACAUCAGAGCCCCUGGUGGAUCCAGCAGCUGUAACUGCAGCCACUCUGCCUGUGCCGUCUUAGAAAAGGCCUAUUACUACCUGUACCCCUUCAACAUCGAGUACAGCCUGUUUGCCUCGGCCAUGGCCUACGUCAUGUGGAAGAACGUGGGCCGCCUGGUAGACGAGCACAACCACCACGCGCUCCAUUUCCGCCUGAAGGACGUGCUGGUGGGGCCUGCGGUCGGGCUGGUUAUGCUGGUGGCGGGCCUGGGAACCUUUGUCAUCUACAAGGUGGAUGUGGAGAAGGGGGACCCGGGGAAACGUGACACGGCGCUGAUGAUACACUACGUGAUGAACACGGUGGCUGUGACUCUCAUGUCCGUCUCGACCGUGGCUGGUUGCGCCAUCUACCGACUGGACCAGAGGGACCACGUGUCGGGGAAGAACCCCACACGGAGCCUGGAUGUAGGUUUGCUGAUCGGCGCCUCAUUCGGACAGUUCACCAUCUGUUAUUUCACCAUCGUGGCUGUGGUGGCAACGGGGGCCGAGGGCCACCUCAACGCUCUCAACCUGGCUGUCUCCCUGCUCACUGUGAUCCAGCUCUGCCUGCAGAACAUCUUCAUCAUCGAGGGCCUGCAUCGUGAGCCCUUCCACGAAGACAUGCACCGGGCCUCUGUAUUCACAAACCCAUACGUCCUUCAAGCCCAAACCCAUAGAGACAUACACAACCACCCAGGGACAUUCAUGGAGACCAAGACGUCCCCGGCCCUCACAGUUCACAGUAUGCAUGUUGCUCCUUCUGCUCCUUCUAGCUCCCCCCUUCCUCAACGCCAUAGGCUGACCUGGAAGAGGAGGGCCCUGAAGGAGAUCUGUGCAUUUCUGCUGCUCUGCAACAUCCUUCUCUGGAUCAUGCCGGCGUUUGGCGCCCGCCCCCAGUUUGACAACCCGAUUGGAGCAGAGUUUUACGAGUUCACCAUGUGGGCGGCUGUUGUGAAUAUCGGACUCCCCUUCGGAAUCUUUUACCGUAUGCACUCAGUCGCCAGCCUCUUUGAGGUCUUCCUAACCUCAUAAGCAGGCGAAUUACAGAAACCAUUCUGAACUAUUUUUUGUAUAAUAUUUUUUAUUAAAUAUUAUAACAUGUUUUAUUUUAUACCCACAACAAAUACAAAUGUAUACAUAUGAACAACCAUUACCAACUACGUCUCAUCUGCCCAUCUGUCCAGACCUGCAUGCUCACAUGCCCAUCCCUAGAACAACAACUACGUCUCAUCUACCCAGACCUGCAUGCUCACAUGCCCAUCCCUAGAACAACAACUAUGUCUCACCUGUCCAGACCUGCAUGCUCACAUGCCCAUCCCUAGAACAACAACUAUGUCUCACCUGUCCAGACCUGCAUGCUCACAUGCCCAUCCCUAGAACAACAACUACGUCUCAUCUGUCCAUCCCUAGAACAACAACUAUGUCUCACCUGUCCAGACCUGCAUGCUCACAUGCCCAUCCCUAGAACAACAACUAUGUCUCACCUGUCCAGACCUGCAUGCUCACAUGCCCAUCCCUAGAACAACAACUACGUCUCAUCUGUCCAUCCCUAGAACAACAACUAUGUCUCAUCUGUCCAGACCUGCAUGCUCACAUGUCCAUCCCUAGAACAACAACUAUGUCUCAUCUGUCCAGACCUGCAUGCUCACAUGCCCAUCCCUAGAACAACAACUACGUCUCAUCUGCCCAUCCCUAGAACAACAACUACGUCUCAUCUGCCCAUCCCUAGAACAACAACUACGUCUCAUCUGCCCAUCCCUAGAACAACAACUACGUCUCAUCUGCCCAUCCCUAGAACAACAACUACGUCUCAUCUGCCCAUCCCUAGAACAACAACUAUGUCUCACCUGUCCAGACCUGCAUGCUCACAUGUCCAUCCCUAGAACAACAACUCUGUCUCAUCUGCCCAUCCCUAGAACAACAACUCUGUCUCAUCUGCCCAUCCCUAGAACAACAACUCUGUCUCAUCUGCCCAUCCCUAGAACAACAACUCUGUCUCAUCUGCCCAUCCCUAGAACAACAAUCUGCCCAUCCCUGAACAACAACUCUGUCUCAUCUGCCCAUCCCUAGAACAACAACUCUGUCUCAUCUGCCCAUCCCUAGAACAACAACUCUGUCUCAUCUGCCCAUCCCUAGAACAACAACUCUGUCUCAUCUGCCCAUCCCUAGAACAACAACUCUGUCUCAUCUGCCCAUCCCUAGAACAACAACUCUGUCUCAUCUGCCCAUCCCUAGAACAACAACUCUGUCUCAUCUGCCCAUCCCUAGAACAACAACUAGAUCUGCCCAUCCCUAGAACAACAACUCUGUCUCAUCUGCCCAUCCCUAGAACAACAACUCUGUCUCAUCUGCCCAUCCCUAGAACAACAACUCUGUCUCAUCUGCCCAUCCCUAGAACAACAACUCUGUCUCAUCUGCCCAUCCCUAGAACAACAACUCUGUGUCUCAUCUGCCCAUCCCUAGAACAACAACUCUGUCUCAUCUGCCCAUCCCUAGAACAACAACUCUGUCUCAUCUGCCCAUCCCUAGAACAACUCUGUCUCAUCUGCCCAUCCCUAGAACAACAACUCUGUCUCAUCUGCCCAUCCCUAGAACAACAACGUCUCAUCUGCCCAUCCCUAGAACAACAACUCUGUCUCAUCUGCCCAUCCCUAGAACAACAACUCUGUCUCAUCUGCCCAUCCCUAGAACAACAACUCUGUCUCAUCUGCCCAUCCCUAGAACAACAACUCUGUCUCAUCUGCCCAUCCCUAGAACAACAACUCUGUCUCAUCUGCCCAUCCCUAGAACAACAACUCUGUCUCAUCUGCCCAUCCCUAGAACAACAACUCUGUCUCAUCUGCCCAUCCCUAGAACAACAACUCUGUCUCAUCUGCCCAUCCCUAGAACAACAACUCUGUCUCAUCUGCCCAUCCCUAGUGCCUGAAGUAUUGUUUGCCACUUGGCCUUAAAUUGUACCAAUUUGUUUUUCUCGGUGGCCCAUGCUAUUUCAACGUUUCAAUAAUAAAUCAUUAUAUUUUUCCAUUGUGUUAGUGAUGGUGGAUUGAUUUCUAUGUUUUUUGUAUACAUAUUUUCAAGAUGAGUGAUGAGAAGAGAAUCUUGCAGCCCAUUGGGUAUCUCCCCCCCCAUAUGCCAUGUCUUGAAAUGUCCAGACAGACAGAUUAAAAGUAAGUUUACAUUGUAAUACUUCUGACAGCCAAUUUUCUACCUCCGCCCAUAACUUUUGGACUUUAUAGCAUUCCCAGAAAGCAUGGAUUAUUGAGUCAUUGUUAGUUUUACACUUAAGACAUGACUCUGCUCGUGUGCUGAAGAAUAUGUGAAUUCUGUCUCUUGUAUCAAAAAUAUCUAUGCGUUAAUUUAUACUGGAUUAAGCAUAAUUUCGUUAGUUAUGUUCCAACUUUCCCUCCUUCUUGUGUCAACGUCAAUUCCUUUUAAUUCUUGGUUCCUAGAGCUUCUAUAUUUCUCUAGGAGAUAGUCAGUUGGAUAGGCUCUCUGCAAGGUUUUCUUCCCUAUCAUAUGAACAUUAUUAUUUUAUGUUUUUAUUUUUAAAGGUUGCUCUGAUGUCCAAACGAUUUCAAAUUGCAUUUUUUUUUUUACAAAUAACUUCUAAGUUGCAUGUAUUUCAAAACAUCUACAUUGGUUAGUCCAAACUUACUUUUUAAUGAUGUCAUUUAUUUCCUGUUACCAAGUCAUUUACAGUUUCUAUGCCUUUAGUUUUCCAUGUGGACCAAUUUAUGGGUGAAUUCUGAAAAGAUAUCCAAGGCUUGUUCCAUAAGGUUGUGUUUUUAGGGAGUUAUGUUGGUUCUUGUAGAAUACCUUACAUGUUCUUCCAUAUUGUUAUAUUGUUCUUAUCUGUGAAGUUGUUAAUGUUCUUAUCUUUAUCCUUUGAAAAUAAACAUGUAAAAAGAUUCUGGGGAUGAGCAUUCGCAUCUUCAGUAUUUACCCAUUGUUCAUCUUUAGUGUAUUCAACUAUAUGUCUCAGGUAAAAGCCUUGGGUGGCGAGUUGAUACAACUCCAAGUCUGGGUGGUUAAAACCACCCUCAAAUUUAGGAAGAUGGAAAACUUUCCUUUCUAUUCUAUGAAUUGUAUUUGCCCAUAAAGUCUGUAAUGACUGAGUGUACAUUUAAAAAUGUAUUCGCCACGGUAAUUGGUAUUACCGAAAAUAAAUACAAAAACUUUAGGAGCCAUGGCAUUUUGAAGAGGUUUAUUCUACCUGUAAAAUGUAUGGGAAGAUUGUUCCAUUUAAUUAGAUCUGCUUUCAUAUUGUUGAGUAAUGGAAUAAAGUUAUCUUUAUA